AUGCUCUACGAUUCUUCUUAACCUUAUGAAGGAAUCAAAGGAGGUACUUGUUUCGCAUAUGAUGAUUACGUACCAAAAAAAAGAAAUAUGUCUACAUUGUCAACAACAACAAAAAAGAAUUACCAAAAGACUUAAUGUUCAGUAUCAAACUCUAAUAAUGUCGAAGAUAGAUUACUUGAUUACGAAAAAAGAAGAUAAAUUAAAAUUUAGAGAAUGUAGAUGGAAAAUUUAGCAAAUAAGGAAAACUAAUAACUAUAUAAAAAAUUAUAAUAGAAAUCAACAUCUAAUAAAAGUUUUUAGCCAAGUGAAUUUAGAUCUGUAUAGCAGAACAGCAUUUUGAAUUAAUGUAUGAGUAAUUUUUUAAAGAAAAAUCAAAAAGUCUAACUUUACUUUUGA